CUCUCUCUUGUUUAAGGCUGUUCCGGGUUAGCAAAAGCCAGGGAAGAUGGCGGCGCCCAUGGAGUUGUAUUGCUGGGCCGGCGGGUGGGGGUUGCCCACCGUCGACCCCGAUUGCUUGGCCGUUUUGACUUAUGCUCGAUUCACAGGGGUUCCCCUCAAAGUUCACAAAAUCACCAACCCCUGGAGAAGCCCCUCGGGAUCGCUCCCGGCGCUCAAGACCUCGGACGGAGUUUUUUCCGAUACGCAGGAAAUCAUCACCCAUUUUAGGAAGCAGCAAUUUAAUGCAGAUUACGACCUCUCGGCGUUGCAAGGAGCGGACACACUAGCCUUCCUUUCUCUGAUAAAUAGGAAGCUCCUGCCCAUGUUGAUCCACACUUUCUGGGUGGACGCGAAGAAUUACGUGGAGCACACGCGGAAGUGGUACGCGGAAGCCAUUCCGUUCCCGCUUAAUUUCUUCCUGCCGAGCCGAAUGCAGAAACGGCAGCUGGAGCGUUUGCAGACGAUCUGCGGGGAAACCUGGCAGGACGAUGAAGAGCGGUUGGAAAAACAGCUUUAUCGAGACGGUUGUGAGUGUCUCACCCUUCUGUCGCAACGCCUCGGGAGGAAAAAAUUCUUCUUCGGAGACUCGCCUGCCUCCCUGGACGCCUUCGUCUUCAGUCUUUUGGCCGGCCUCUUUAACGCCAAACUUCCCAACGGGAAAUUCCAGCAGCACCUGAACUCGCUCCCGAACCUUUGCAACUUUUGCACGUCUAUUUUGAGCCUUUAUUUCCCCUGGGAUGGAGGGGACCCCCCACCCAACCUCCACAAAGUGCCGCCCGGCGACGCCAGCGAGGCCGAAGGGGAGACGCACAAGCGGCGCAACCAGUUCCUCUCCGUCCUGGUUGCGCUGGUGGCCAUGGUGGGCUACGCCUUCCUCUCCGGGAUUGUGUCCAUCCACAAGGAGACCCCGCGCCACGCCGACCCUCACGCCCUCACGCUGGACGAGGCCGAAGAGGAAGAGGAAGAGGAGUGAGGGGACGCGGGACGGUUUUGCCACACCGGCUUCCAACAGACCUUUUUUUAAAAUAUUUUUUUUUAUAGCGAAGCUGCCUCCGGUACCGCUGACUCAAAAAAAACCCUUUUUUUAAUCCAUUCCAGGGACGAUCGAGCUCAAUAAAUUAGAGCCACUUGCUGGUUGAAC